GAUUUUUCUAGCAUGCCCAAAGAUUGCAAGGAUCUUCAAGAAAAUGGACAAACCAUCACAGGGGUGUAUGAUAUAUACCCCUACAGAACAUUAACCAUUCCAAUAAGUGUCUACUGCGACAUGACCACGAUGGGCGGUGGAUGGACAGCAAUUCAGAAACGCGUAGACGGAUCCGUAACCUUUGACAGGAACUGGACGGAUUAUAAGAAUGGCUUUGGUUCACCAGAACAGGAUGUCUGGAUUGGAAAUGACGUAAUCCAUAAAUUAACAAAAGAAAACCCAUCAUCCCUGUAUGUGUCCAUCACUCUUCAGAAUGGUUCAACGCUGUAUGAAAUGUACGACCGAUUCUCUGUCUCUGACGAAGCAGGCAAAUAUCAACUGUUUCUUGCAGGACCUGCCACGGGAACUAUAGGGGACAGAGACAGUAUGUUAGAUACUGGUGAUUCUGACUACAAUCUGUCUGGGAUGUACUUCAGUACCCCGGACAGAGAUAACGACGGGUGUAGCUGUAACUGUGCUGCUGUCAGUACCCGUAGAGGAGGCUGGUGGUUUAACAGAUGUCACCGAGCCUUCCUUAACGGACAAUGGUCCCCGGAGUCCUGGUCCUGUCCAUGGUGUCCCACAGUAAGGAGUGGGACGUCAGUGAGGGGAACCAUCAUGAUGAUUAGACGUAACUAG